AAUUAUGUCUUCGGCCGUGGACAUACAAAUAGUUUCGGCUCCGAAUUUAGCCAAGAUAGAGAGCUAUCUGAAAGAUGCCUCGUAUCGGGAGACCAUCGAGUACAGUGCAAAUUUCAAUACCCGCCUGUGUAUUGAGCGUCGUCUGCGUUUGCCGUUUUUGGAUCCCCAGACGGGAGUAGCCCAAAAUCAUUCACAUUUAUUUGUGGACAAACGGCAACGUAUGCCGGGUUUUAGGGAGGGUCAACUCUAUACGUAUCCAGCGGCUAGAUGGCGUAAAAGUCGUCGGCAAUAUUUGAACAAAAUGUACAAAUUUCCAGAUCGUCCUUUCCAGGCUUUGCGUAAAGAUCAUGAGGCUCUGGUGGCUAGCACAGCAACAUCGGGCAGCGGGGGCACAGCAUCGCCCACCGUUACAUCGGUUGUUACAAAUGAUCCCGAAUUUAAUAGUUCUUUAUUGGAAGAAUCUUCAUCCCUGGGUGCUGCUGGUGGGGAUACAUCGGACAGUAAGGACAGCCAACAGCAAGCGGCCCAACAACUCAAAGAGGACCUGCCCAAAGAGUGGUUUUAUGACGAAAUGGAUAUGCAUGAUAAUGACUCGUUGGAGGAGCCUAAAUCGCCUGCAGAUGACGAAUAUGACUACGAUCCACGCUAUGGUACCAAGAAGCGGAGAAAGCGUAAACCGGGUAAAAAACCUUCACUUACACCUGGAGAAACACCGGGACCGGGUCGUCGACGUGGUGGUGCUGGUCGUGGGCGAUCUGUGGCCGCCGCUACCCCUUCCUCUCUGGGAGAUAGCUCAAUGUCUGGUCUAGAUUCGGUCGAUGGUAUGAGCAACACUGAUACCACGGCAGCAACAACGGCAGCCAGUCCUGCAACACCCACCCCAGGCAGACGUCCCCGCGGUACCGGUACUCGUGGUAGACGUCGUACCAAGAAUCAAAAUGCCAAUAAUGGUUUACUUACUUCGGGACACAAUGAAGAACCGCCCUCCUUUGAGUCUGUGGCCGCAGCUGUGGGCGUUUUAGGUGAUCUACCAGCCGUUGUGGAUGAGCACAAUGCUGAUUUACGCAAUUAUCGAAAAUAUUUGUAAGUG